CAAAAAAAAAAGAGGUGGGGGUUGGAAUGUACUAGAACGUGACGAAUGUGUGUUUAUUACUUGUGAGUGUUGCAUGGAGCCUAGGAGGCCUGGGCAUGUGUGGGCCUCACUCCCUCUCCCCUCUCUGACUUCCCCUUAUGCUGGGUCCUCUUUGUGCUGUGGUGAGGACGAGGACCCCCGCCCUGCCCAGUGCCCUGCGUGGGCCUUCCCCAAGUGUCACAGUCAAGUCUCUGCCCGUCCAGGAGGUGCACCCAGCAGAGCAGGGUGGGGUCUGCAUCCACUCUGGGCCUGCCACGGUGCCGGCGUCCUGGCAGUGACAAUAACGGUGUUGGCGGUGACAGGCCCUGUGUGGUAAGUGUGAGCCCGGCACACGCGCGGUGUGUGAUCCAGGUCGUCCCUCCACCCUGUGCGGCAUGGACUCUGUCUCUGUCAGGGGAGUAGGCGGACGCCGGGUCCCCACCCCAGAGCAACCCGAGGGUGUCUCACAAGUCACCGCUCAGGCGUGCAUGAGACUUGGGCCAGCUCCUGGAGGCUUCCUCAUUUAUACGGUGCCUUGGGGUGGACAGCUGCCCCUGGAAUCACCCGGCACCUCACCAUGUGACCCAACCUGGAAGGGGGUCUUUUCGGAUGAAAUCAAGGGAAGAGGGGUCACACCGAUCGCGGGGUCCCUGACCCAGUGACCAGUGACUUGGGCACAGCAACAUGGGGAGAACGCUGACACGACAGGGACUCAUUCUCAGUUCUGGGGCCGCAGUCCGAGACGAAGGUGUGGGUGGGGCUGGGUCCCUCUGAGGCCGAGGGGCAUCUGCCAGGCUUCUCUCUGCUCCUGGCAGUGGCCAGCAUCCUGGGCGACCCUUCGCUUGUGGAAGCAUCACCCCCAUCUCUGCCUCCAUCCUCACACAGCCGUCUCCCCCGUAUCUGCCUCACUCAUGAGGAUGUUUGUCACUGACUGUGGGGCCACCCAAGUAAUCCAAGAUGACGUCCCUUGAGACCUUCUUCCACCUAGGCUGCCAUGCACAGGCUGCAGGCAUUGCGGCGUGGCUGCCUUUGUGGAGGCCACAGUCCGGCCAUGCAGUCCCCUGUGACCGGCGUCUCAGCCUGCCCCACACUCAAGCCCCAGACUGCCAGGUAGCAGCAAGUCUAGGUCCGGGCCAGGCAUCGGCACUGGGGAAGAUGCGGCCCCUGCGGGCUCUUGGGGCCCGGCUCUUCGCACCUUCUGCUAUGAACCAGUCAGGCCUUGCCACCUGCAGUUCUCUUCUGUCCACUGAGGAGGUGGCCCCCUUUGGGUGAAACUCCUUACAGUCAAAAGUCCAGGGAAUGUUUUGAACCCUGCCACUAGUGGCUCACGCCUGUAAGCGCAGCACUUUGGGAGGCAGAGGUGGGAGGAUCAUGUGAGCCCAGGAGUUGGAGACCAUCCUGGGCAACAUAGUGAGACCUCGUUUCUACUAAAAAUAAAGAAACUUACCCAGGUGUGGUGGUGUGUGCCUGUAGUCCCAGCUACUCAGGAGGCUAAGUUGGGAGGAUCCCUUGGGCCUGGGAGGCAGAGAUUGCAGUGAGCCAUGAUGGCACCACUGUACUCCAGCUGGGGCAACACAGCAAGACCCUGUCUCAAAAAACAAAACAAAAACAAAUCCUGCCGCUUGUGCCCUCAGCACGAGUUUCCGGGAAACUCUGUGGCCUCCGGCGGGUCAUGAUUCCCCUGUGUAUUUCAGGUCCGCGGGAGAGCUGUGGGGCUUGGUGAGUGUUUCGUGGCCUCUCGGGUUGGUCAGCACCCCCAGCCAGCUGGCCCAGGACCCCUCUACAGAAGCGUUCCAGGAGACCAGGUGUCACCAAGAUGUCCAACCCCUUCCUGAAGCAAGUCUUCAACAAGGACAAGACAUUCCGCCCCAAGCGCAAGUUCGAGCCAGGCACCCAGCGCUUUGAGCUGCACAAGAAGGCGCAGGCAUCGCUGAACGCCGGGCUGGACCUGCGGCUGGCGGUGCAGCUGCCCCCAGGCGAGGACCUGAACGACUGGGUGGCUGUUCACGUGGUAGACUUCUUUAACCGCGUCAACCUCAUCUACGGCACCAUCAGUGACGGCUGCACGGAGCAGUCCUGCCCCGUCAUGUCGGGGGGCCCCAAGUACGAGUACCGCUGGCAGGACGAGCAUAAGUUCCGGAAGCCCACGGCACUCUCCGCGCCCAGGUACAUGGACCUGCUGAUGGACUGGAUCGAGGCGCAGAUCAACAACGAGGACCUCUUCCCCACCAACGUUGGCACUCCAUUCCCCAAGAACUUCCUGCAGACGGUGCGGAAGAUCCUGUCGCGGCUGUUCCGCGUGUUCGUGCACGUCUACAUCCACCACUUUGACCGCAUCGCGCAGAUGGGCUCCGAGGCCCAUGUGAACACCUGCUACAAGCACUUCUACUACUUCGUCAAGGAGUUCGGCCUCAUCGACACCAAGGAGCUGGAGCCACUGAAAGAAAUGACGGCCCGGAUGUGCCACUGAGAGCCCCGUGGGUCCUCCGGUGCCCAAACCGCCGCAGGGGCCUCGGAGACUUGGAGGAGGACGCUCUGGAACCAUCAUCCCGCUUCUCUCCGGCCUGAGCAUCUCAGGGAGACCAGGGGCCAGGCCACUGAGCAGGUGUUGGUCCUCAGGAGCUCCAGCCCUGGACGGCAGAUGCCUUCCUCACCGUCUCGAGCCUCAGUCUCCCGUCUGGGACUAAACGUGAACUCUGUAAUUCUGUGUGUUACUAGCAACCGGAAAUGCCCACUGUGUUUUUAAACGACUUCCACUUUCCAGGAGGCUGGAUGGCUUCCAGGGUCACUCCUCGCCCUGGGUGGCUCCCAGGCUCCUGGAACUUCUGCCUCCACCUCGCUGGGGAGCCCCCAGGGCUGCUGUGGCCACAACCCUGCCUGGGCCUGUCUCUCAAGGGCGCCCAGCUUGCUCAGCCUCCUGCAUGUCUUCUGUUGGGGAGGCAAGAGGCUGAGGGGCUCCCGAGCCCCUGAGAGCAGACAUCUCCUCCCGCAGGCCUUUACUCCCCACUCCCUACUGGCAGCCGCUGCUGUCUCUUCACACAGAGGCACAACCUGGACCCAGGCAGCCUCUUUCCUCCCUCCCCAAUCUCUUUCAUUUUUCUACAGAUUUUUUUUUUUUUUUGCAUACUAGAGACAGGGGUCUCGCUGAACUUCUGGCCUCAAGUGAUCCUCCAUCCUCGGCCUCCCAAAGUACUGGGAUCACAGGCGUGAGCCACCGCGCCCAGCCCUCUCUCUUCCUCAAUGCACUCUGCUUCCUCCGUUCUUCCGAAACAUUCAGCUGACUGUAUCCAGGGCUUCCUGGACUCCUGGGACCCCACGUCCUGCACCCCGGCUGCUGACUCAUUUCCUAAGGGCCCCUUUGUGUAUCAUAAAGGGUUUGAUUUUUAUAGUCACAUUUGCAACCAUCUUGAGAUUUUUAUUUUUUUUGAACGGAGUCUCCCUCUGUCGCCCAGACUGGAGUCCAGUGGCAAGAUCUCGGCUGACUGCAUCCUCCACCUCCUGGGUUCAAGUGAUUCUCCUGCUUCAGCCUCCCAAGUAGCUGGGAUUACAGGUGUGUGCCACCACGCCCAGGAAAUUAUUGUAGUUUUAGUAGAGAUGAGAUUUCACCAUGUUGGCCAGGCUGGUCUCAAACUCCUGACUUCAGGUGAUCCACCCACCUUGGCCUCCAAAAGUGCUGGGAUUACAGGCAUGAGCCACUGCACCUGGCCUAACCAGGCUGGAGUGCACUGGUGGGAUCUCGGCUCACUGCAAGCUCCGCCUCCCAGAUUCACGCCAUUCUCCUGCCUCAGCCUCCCCAGCAGCUGGGACUACAGGCACCCACCAUCACGCCCAGCUAAUUUUUUUGUAUUUUAGUAGAGACAGGGUUUCACUGUGUUAGCCAGGAUGGUCUCGAUCUCCUGACCUUGUGAUCCGCCCACCUCAGCCUCCCAAAGUGCCGGGAUUACAGGUGUGAGCCACUGUGCCCGGCCAAGAAUUUUUUUAUCAAUAACAGCGAGCUCUCUGCCUCUUCGGAAUGAUGCCCACUUUGCUUAUGAUCAACCCAAGCAGGACUCUUCUCUCCCUGGACGCCUCUCCCCUGGUCUGGAAUCUUCCAGUUCUGCCAGAAUUGGCCUUUCCCAGAUGCCGCAAACUUCCAGUUGAACCCCUUUUUCUGUGUGGCCCCUGGGGCUGCAAGACCAAAAUCCAUGAGUUCUGUGUCCCCUAGACCUUUGGAAGGUGAGAGCAGGGCCCUGAGCAAAGGCAGCCACCUCCUCUCCCUGGCUGAACCCCUGCCACCUUACUCCUCACCAGAAUUGUCAGUGGCCUUUCACCACGGUGGCCCUUCCUGCCUGAGCCCUGCACUGUCCCAGACCACACAGAAGUCUGGUCACCUCUGGGUGCCUGGGAUGGUCACCAAAGAGAAGCAUGCUGUCCCCGUCUCUCCUGGCUUCUGCCAGAAAAUCGAACAAGUGCAAUUAACACACUGUCACUGCCGAAGCCUGAAACUCCCAGAACUUGUCCUUGAUCCUUCCAGAAACCACCAGGUCCGGCUCUUGGAGCCCCCAGGAGAGGGACCUCCCAGCCGAGCCCUCAAAGAACUCCAUAAAAUCAGGAACUGCUUGAUGGAAUGUAUCUCCUCGUACCUGCAAGAUGAAGCCCAAACACCCACACCUCUGUCUCCCCAGGGCUCGGGAUGUCCUCAGCAGCCCCGCCACGCAGCUUCCCAGGUGGGCUCGGGGAGGUGGGAGCAGGGACCAUCUCUGUCCCCUGCACCCUCACUCCAUCCACCCCAGAGCCCAACCUCCCCCAGCCAGAUACGGAAUAAAACUACAGACGCAGACGUCGGAAUAAA